UGGAUUAAUUACAUAUACAUAAAGUGACACUCGGCACAGGAGAGUCAGUACAUAAGGUGACUGACAGGAAGUGAUAAAGUGGUGGUGGUGGGGGGUGUUGAGGUGUCGCUCGGCCUUACUGUUUGGGGAAAGUAACCAUUUUGAAUAAACCUGAUUCUGACUCUGUUUAAAAAUAAGGGGUACAUAUUUCAGACAGAGAUGUGGUGAUAGGUUUCUCUCAAAGGUCAGUGAGUCUUCCUCAAAGGGAAUAAAAGCAGAGAUUUAGAAUGUUGUUAAAGGAAAGUUAGAUGGAUAGAGAGGGUUCGAAAGGAUUACAGGGGAUUUUGAGGAGGGCAAACAGGAAGGCAGAGACAAAGUUGUAGCCUGAUCAGCCAGGGUCUUAUUUAAUGAUGGGAUAGCACAAAGGGGCUGAGUGGUCUAUAGCAACUCCUAAUUCAUAUGGUCUAAAGCUGGGGAUGGAAGCCAUUGAACUCAUUGACCCUGAACUCUGUCCGCAGGGUUUGGGGGGGGCGUAUAUCUAAUCACUCUGCAGGGGUGGUGGGAACUCUUAGAUUGGUACAUAGCUGGUAGAGAAAUAGAGGGCUAUGUGGGAGGGAAGGGUUGGAUUGAACUUGGAGCAGGUUAAAACAUUGUGGGUCGAAGGGCCUGUACUGUUCAAUGCUCUAUGUUCUACGUUCCAGACGCAGUACCUCCUCCCCAUUACCAUCCAUGCUCGCGUGAGGAUGCAGACGUUCGACAGUACCUGCUCAGCUCUCUCGAGGCUCUCCUUCAGUUCCACCUGUCCGAUCAGUGAGCUGAUUUCCUCCUCCCUCUCCAUCUCUGUUCUCGUUUUGAUUCAGCAGACAGGAUCAGACGGCUGUGUGGCCAGGCACUGAGCUCCUCCGCCGGGCUGUUUUAUAGCGCGGUACCGGGGCAGGACAGGAGGCGGGCAGGAUGUGGGCUUUGCCUGGCCAGUCACACUGGUCAACAGAUACAUUGAAAUGUGUUGUUUGCAUAACAACCAAUGCAGCCUGCAAGAAAACGAAUCUCAGGCCAUAUGGAAACAUAUACACUACGUACUUCGAUGCUGCUUGACCCACCGAGUUCCUGCAGCGAACUGUUUGCUGCUGCAUCCACUGUCUCUUGUGUCUCCACUGUACCAGAAUGGGGUGAAGGUCUUCGGUGGCGAACUGGCCUCUGGGCUGUGUUUUUCUGUGACGCUCAUAAACUAGGGGAAGUGUCUGAAAGAUCACAUGGAGCUGUCGUUUGAAAUAACGGGGAAUUAAUUGAAAAUUUGGUGCACACCAGCAGAUCUACAUGAGCAUGAAUUAGUUCCUCCACCAUUUUGUGUGCGUUGACUGAGAUUUCCAGAUCUGCAGAACCCCCCGUGUGACAGUUCAUUUGCCCCAGGUUCCAUUGACCAGCAGCGGGUCCUCCCGGCCAGUAGGGCGGCGACCACACCCCAGCAGACAGGCGCGCCGCUCUUGGCUGGCCGCGCUCUUCGUCGCCGGCACGGGCGACAUCAAAACAAGAUGGCGGCGCUGUGGGCUUCGCGGAUCGGUUUUCGGCAGGAUGCUGUCUGACCUGCCGAGAAUCCCCAUUGUUGCCGGGAUUUGUUUCCGAAUCGCAGCGUUUGCAGUUGUUUGCUUUUGUCCAGGGCUAGCUGGAUGAGAAGUUGGUUUUCCUAUCCCCUUUUGUGAUUGAACUGGCAUCUCUUCGGAUGCCUGACCAGAUGGAAGUCAGUGGGCACCCGCUGGCACCGGUGAAUGAGAUGCUUGUUGUCUGUGAGAAAGCAAAAGCCACUAGCCCCCACGACAGAAACAACUUCAAUUCCGAUUCAGCAAUGGCUCAGGGUGAGGAUGGUCAUACAGACAUCACAGUGGACAGUCAGAUGGAGGCCAGCCCUCUGUGUCAAGGGAGCCAGGCUCCAGAAUCUGGACCAUUCACUGUUUCGGAGGGAACGGCUGGGAGUGAUCAGGUCACUGGAGCACCGAUAGCUGCUGCCGCUCAAACACUAGAUGUGGCAAAAGAGAGCUGGGACCUACUGGAAACGGCGCAGGUACUGAGUGAAAUCGCCACACCUCUCUUGCUGGAGAACAACCAGUUGGAAGCUGCUGGGCAGGCUGAGGGGUCCGACCCUCAGGUCUUGGUCUUGUCAACGGUGCAGCAGGAAGAUUCAGAGCUCCAGGUGCCUGAGGAGAUGAUCCUGGAGCUCCCCAAUGGCAUCAAAAUGUACGGAAAGGACCUUGCGGUCAUCACUGAGCUCCUACAUCCCUCCCAGGUCCUGCUGCAGACUGGCACUCGGAAGUUGACCCUGGCCACAGCUGAUGCGCUGCUCUCAACAGGGUCCCUCAUCUUCACCAUGUCCGAGGAAACGAGCCCAGAGGAGCCUAUGGUAAAGCAGCCAGGUCCGGAAGCGGAAGGGAAGUUGUAUAGAUGCUACCUCUGCAAUUUGACCUUCAAUCGUCGUGGCAAUUACGUCCGACACAAGAAGAUCCACAUGGUUAACACUGAGGAUGAUGCCAGGUACAAGUGCCCCCAGUGUGACCGGCAGUUCAUUCAACACUGUGACCUGCGACGACACGCUCACAUUCACAGUGGAACACAGCCCCACCGGUGUGACCUGUGUGGCAAGGCCUUCCUCAGGGCAAGCGACCUGGUGGUUCACAAGCGCUUUCACACCAAGGAUCGGCCUUUCCAGUGCAGCCAGUGCCAGAAAUCUUUCUUCCAGUCAGGUGAUCUAAGGCGACAUGUGAGGAACAUUCACAUGACCAACUCUCGGAUGCUGAGCUGUGGCCACUGUAAGAAGAAGUACACCAAGGAAGCAACACUGCUCCAUCACAUCCAGACCAUGCACCAGGACAUCUUGCUACGGACCCUGAAGGAACAGGGGCAACACAGCAGUGAGGUAAUGGUGUCAAAGGUUGGGAGUGGAACCGAGGAGGAAGGGUGCUUGGACACCUUCGUGGAGACGGGUUCUGUAGCUCCAGUACUGCCAAUCGAUCCAGGUGCCCAUGAGGAGACUGUCUUGGAGGAAGCACAUGGCACACAGUAUAAUGCAGAGACUCACCCCUCCAUCUCAGAGCCACUCCUGGAAACCACACAGGAACAAACACAAGCACUGCUUGGCUGCAGCGACUCAGGCCCAAGCAUGGUAUUGAUCAAUAUGCAGCUCACGGCGACCACACUGGAGAGACCGCUUGGUCCAGAGAGGGAAAAGGACUUGGACUGUCCUGCAGUGAAAUGAGACAUCCUGUCUGUUAACUUUCAUCUUGUCAGAACACUGCCCAUUUUAAACAAAGAACCAAGAUGAUAUUCCAAAGAAGAGAUGCUGUUUAAAUUUGUAGUUAUGAUGAGGAUUUUCAUUCUGACCCAGGAAAGUUGGUCUUUAAACUACACAACUGCUACUGCAGGCAUAUUUCUAAGGCUUGAGUGGUACUGCCACACACUACAGCAAGACUAUAUUCCACUCCAGCAGGAGUCCAAACUAAUAGAUGAUUUAAUUUAAAAUCUGCUCCAUUUGAGUUUUCUAAACUCAGUAACAGCUUGGACUUACCUUUUACUGUAGUAACACAAAAAAAAUGCUGGAGGAACACAUCAACUCAGGCAGCACCUAUGUAAAGGAAUAAACAGUCAACGUUUUGAGCUAAGACUCUUCACCAGGACCCAUUCAUACAUGCCCCUCUUUAACAUUGAGGUCCCAGGAAAAGGAUUGAAGUUGUAUUUUGCUUGUAGUUCAGAGCGAGGCAGCUUUACUGAGCACAACCCUUCCACAGCAAGAGAAAGAUUUAUUUUCUAGUCAGUGGUGAUGUUCAAGAAAUAAAUUAGGACCAUGCAUUUAUUGUGUUCUCUUAUCCCCACUCCCAAAGAUCAUGCUUGGUGGAAUAUGAAGGAGAGGUCACUUGUAGUCUUGGCUUAACUUCAUACCACUAUGGAGGUGGUUUUCAAUUCAAAGGGUACAUAAUUUCCUCCAAUAGAGGACAUGGAACGUUAAGUCAAGGGCUGAAGCAGGCACGUUCUAAUAAUGCAGACCAAAACUGGACCUGGGGUCUCUGGUAAACAGGAUGGGAUUUGUCCAGCUCUCCACUCACCUUCUACUGGGAAGGGACUAGUAUAAUACUGAAACGAAAUGCUGCUUGCUGGAAAUCCAGAGUAAUGCACAAAAUGCUGAAAGAACUCAGCAAGUCUAGCAGCAUCUAUGGAGUGGAAUAAAGAGUUGAUAGUUCAGGGGGAGACAUUUAAUCAGAACUGAAAAGUAAGGGGGAAGAACCCAGAAUAAGGUAGGGUGGUAAAAGAAUUACAAGUUGGGAGAUGAUGGGUGAAGCCAGAUAAGUAGAUGAGAGAUGAAAGAAGCUGAGAGGUGAUAAGUGGAAAGGUAAAGGGUUGAAGGGGGAAGAAUCUGCUACGAAAGGACAGUGAACGAUGGGCACCGGAGGGAGGUGAUGGGCACUUGAGAAGGGAUGAAGAGGAGCCAGAAUGGGGAAUUGAGAAAGGGGGAAGGAGAAAUAUAAUUUUCAACUUAGUGAGAUUAGUACAUGAUAGCUUAUUGUACUAGUUACAGAAGUGACUGACUGAGCCAUAGUGAAAAUACUAACAGAUGAUUAAUGGUGCCUUUGCUGACAUUGGGCAGUACCCAUGUGUAUUACUAAACAGCCAGGGAUAUGCCAAAACAUGUCUCGAGGAAUCUUAGUCUUUUAGAGUUUUAGCAAUGAACCCAACUUGCCAUAUGACACCUAGUGAUGUUAGAGUGUGGGCCAACACCCAAAGGAGAAGAGUAAGCUCUUAGGAAUCUCUUCCUUCCAAACAGGCAGAUUGGAUCUUGUUUUAACAUCCACACCAAAAAGCCAGCUGUCAAAUAACACAAGGAUAGAAGACCUGAAGACAGAGGCUUGCAGCAUCUAUGAUUGUUGGCACAGUACUUUACUUGAACUGAUGAACAUAAACCAUGAAACCUCUGUUUCUGACUCUUGAGUGGUCAUCAAUCCCUGUGAUGGGAUUUAGCCUCUGAAUCCUCCCACAUGCACUGCAUUUGUUCAGCAGUCAUGCCUCUGGCAAUGACGACCCCCGAUCUUCCCCCUGCAUUGCAAUUGCUCACCCAGGUUACUCCACCAAUGGCUCAUAGACCCUUGACCUCCACUAAGAGCAAAAGGACUCAGGUUCUUGUUACUAGGUCUAACUGCUGGAACUCUCAGCUGAAAGGAAUUUCACCAGAAGGACUCCAUUUCAGGAUAAACACAGGUGUGAAUAAGAAAUACUGGCUGUGCUCAUGUACAGUUUAUGAAUAAGGACCAUGAAACUGAGGGUUGCACUGUCCUUUUACAAUGAUUUACUGUGUUUAGAUGUUAGAGGGAGAAGUUAAGCAACCUGACCCUUUUCUGCUUGGAGUAAAGGAGACCAAGGGGUUAUCUCAAGCAUGGUAAAGCUGAGGCUUCAAGACUGGUUACAUCACACUUGAAGUAUUGUGAGCAAUUUUAGGCCCCAUAUCCAAGAAGGGGAUGUGCCAGCAUUGGAGGGGGUCCAGAGGAGGUUUAACAAAAUGAUCACAGGAAUAAAAGUUAAUGUAAGGAGUGGUAAUGGCCCUUGGCUUGUACUUGCUGGAGUUUAGGAGAAUGGGAUGGGGUGGGGGGGGGGGGGAGAAGAGAUGAAGAUCUCAUUAAUACCUGUUGAAUAUUUAAAGGCCUAGAAUCAGGGCUUCCCAACCUGGGGUCCACAGAUCCCUUGCUUAAUUGUAUUGAUCCACAGCAUAAAAAAGGUAGGAAGCCUGUUUCCUAUAGUUGGGGGGAGGGGAGGGAGGGAGGGAGGAGACUAGAACCCGAUGGCACAGGACAGUCCUUUAGAAGAGAGACUGUGAAUUUUUUUAAAGCCAAAGUGGUGGUGAAUCAGUGGUCAUGUCACACUCUUACCAGCAGGGGU